AUGAGGUGCGUGCAGCUCCCCAUGAUCCGCAGCUGUGGGCUGGUGCUGGCCUCCAUCGAGGCCUCCCCGCGCCAUGCGCUGUCGGGGUGUGCGAGCGUCGCGUCCCGUACGGUCGUGACCGCUCUCUUGUGCAGUCGACGCUGGCACGCGGGGGCAGCGGCACCGAGUAAUGGAUAUGCCGCUCGUGCAGCUCGACGCCUUCCAACGGCGGCGGAGGCGGAAGCCGAACUCCAGGCAUGGGCCAGCAGUGCCGCAGGCUCAUCGACGCUUGCGCUCACGGGAAAGUCGCUGGUGCUCUCUGUAGCAGCCCUGCAGCUACAUGAAGCCGCCGCGGCGACACAGGACAGCACAACAAGUAGCACCAGCUCGACAGAACUUGUACACCGCUACCUUGGUGCACUAGCCAUGCACAUCUACAAGCACUUCAACACAGCGGGGAAGCCAAGCGCGGCGGCGGUGCUCUAUGCCGAUGUCGAGUCCGCCCACAUCCGACCCGAGUCCUUGCAAGUCUCUGUACAGUACCUCGCGCACAAGGCCUUUCAACGCAGCAUUAGUAGCGCCUCUGCACGUGAUGGCGCGGGCCAGGUCACACGUAGGACGGCGGCCGAUCUUGCAGACACUCUGAGUGCCGAGCGCGACUUGGAGCUUACGCUAGAGGCUACGCUGGUGCUGCUCGCCGGUCACCAGAUCUUGCAGGUGCACCUCGCCGCCGUAGCAGCGAAGGAAGUCGGCACAGCUUCGACGGCGGCGGCCAUGGUGCCGCACGCCGAGUCCACCUGCUACUACGUCGGCAAUGUCGUGGCCCUCAUCUCGAAGCCUCUGCAAGCACCACCGACACCUUCUGUAGAGCCGGCAGCGGCAUUGUCGCUGCCUCCCGCGAAGCGCGAGUUCUGGGCUCAAACGGCGAAGCAACUCUCGUCGGUGCUUUACGUGGCGCUGCUUUCCGCGCAGUCGAACGUCACAGAUGCGCAGCUUAUCGGGCAGAUGUUCCGCGAUCUGCUGCGCAGGGUUUAUGGCGUGGAAGGCGGCACGUUCGGCAUGAGACGCGCGCUGCACUACACGCUGACGGUGACGGUGCCGUACGUACUAAAGAGCUUCGCGGUGAUAUUGGACGUCUUCCAGCAGCAGCAGCGCGCGGCAGCGGAGAGAGCGGCCGCGGCAGCCGAGGAGGGAUUUGGCGCUAGCGCACCUACCAACAGUAGAAACACAAGCGCAUCAUCUACUGGCUCUCUCCGGCCGAAGAAGAGGGUCUCCACCAAAGCAGCUGGCUCUGCGACGGCUGUGGGCCCAUCCUCAGAAAAAGUGCACCGGGCAACGCUGCUGGUGUUGUGUGUGGCAGCGGUGCUGUACAUGGGGUCCUCACGCAGCGACCUCUUUUCCGCAGCGACGCCAUCCUCCUCCUCUUCUUCUCAACUGACCGCUGCCAUGGUGCAGGCGGCAGACAGAGGUCAUGCAAACAUACAAGAAGCCCUCCGCCAUGGCAGCGCAUCAGCUACGGCACCGCAGCUGACGUAA